AUGUCAGAGAAGAAGCCACGAGGCUCCGACACGCGACCCAAAUCUGGCUUCCGCAGUUGGAGUGCAGACAGUUACGUUUGGCGGGGCAAGAAACGCUCCCGGAGCUCUCGCAACGGGUCGAGUCCCGGAGGGUUCGAGGCGGAGGCGACGGAGGAGCUGGGCGUCCGGUCGACUUCCUGUCCGAGGCGACGCAGAGAGAGAAAGUGCAGCUGCGGUGCUCUCGGCGAUGCUUUGACCUCCGCUGACAUUGAUGUGGUUUGUCGGAAAGCCUUGUCCCGACGCUCUCUGAGGCAGAAGUUUCAGGACGCUGUGGGCCAGUGUCUUCCUCUACGCUCUCACCACCACCACCACCAUCAUCACCACCACCUUCCGUCGGGCUCCUCGCGACCCUUCUCGGUGCUCUUCUGGUCCAAACGCAAGAUCCACGUCUCCGAGCUCAUGCAGGAUAAGUGUCCGUUCUCGCCCAAAUCCGAACUGGCCCGAUGUUGGCACCUUGUCAAGAAUCACGCCACCCACCCGAGUGUCCUCAAGGACAUGGAGGCUCCACUCAGACCCAAUGCCUCAUCCUCCUCCACCUCCCCAGCACAGACCCCUCUCUCCUGGGAGGACAUCUGCUGCUCUCCCGGGCCCGGAGGCACCAGUCUGGAGGACUGGGACCCUUCUUGUCCUCACGGGGGAGCGGAGGGCAGCUGUGGUCACACCGACUACAUCCUGGUCCCGGAUCUGCUUCAGAUCAACAACAGCUCCUGUUACUGGGGCGUGUUGAACCGCUUCGAGGCGGAGGAGCUGCUGGAGGGCAAACCGGAGGGCACGUUCCUGCUCCGGGACUCUGCCCAGGACGAGUUCCUCUUCUCGGUCAGCUUCCGCCGCUACAGCCGCUCGCUGCACGCACGCAUCGAGCAGAACAACAAGCGCUUCAGCUUCGACGUUCGCGACCCGUGCAUGUACCGGGACCCGAGCGUGACAGGACUGCUGAGACACUACAGCGACCCGAACACCUGCCUCUUCUUUGAGCCCCUCUUGUCCCGGCCGCUACCGAGGUCCUUCCCUUUCACCCUCCAGCACCUCUGCAGGGCGGUGAUCUGCAGCCGCACCACCUACCAGGGCAUGGACGACCUGCUGCUGCCUCCUCAGCUCAGGGACUACCUCCGACAGUACCACAUCAAGUGUGACGGGGCAUGUGCUGUGUGA